GAUGAGAGAUCCAGAAACUUCAUUUAUUCAAUCUAGAAAAUCAUUAGAACGUAAAAUAUUCAAAGUUCGAAGAAAUGUCUUUCCACCAAUUUUAACCAAUCGUGCUCCUCAAAAUUCAACCAACAACAAAAGAUCUUCAAAGAAUUCAAUAAAAGAUUCGAAAAAAGUGCGCUUUCAUGUAUCAGAGCCUUCUUCUUCAUACUCACAAUCUUCUGGCGAUAUUUCCUCCUCAUCAAACGACGACCAAGAAGUAUGCCACCAAAAUAUUCCUUCAUCUUCUCUAAAUUCAAAUAAAAAUUUAUCAAAUAAUGAAGAAAUAACUGCCAAAUUUACAUUCGAAACCAAAAACAAUUUUUAUUUUAAAUAUUUUAUUAAAAAGAAUUUUGAAAAAGACGAGGAUGAAAUGUCUGAUUUGUCUUGUUCUAGCAAUAAUUCUUCCAAUUAUGUUGAAAAUGAAUGGUCAGAUUUGGAAGAAAAUAAUCAAAGGUCGAGGGAAUCUGAGGAAGCAGAAUUAAAAGAGCGAUUUAAAGAAGCCUUUUCACAAUUAUCUAAAGGAGAAUAUGAAAAAACAGCCCAAAUAUGCACUUCAAUAUUAAUUCACCCAAUAAUGCAAAAUUUUUAUGUCUCGGAUUGGGAGGCUUUUGAUUGGAUAGAAAAUAAAAGAAAAAAGGAAAUUGGGUCAAUAAUACAUUCGGAUAUGGCAAAAAUAUAUUUUAAUAUAAAUUUGGCUUUAAUUGGUAUUUUGGAUAAUUCUCUAGAUUUUUAUAUUCAGGUUUUUCUAUUUGAUUUUUUUAGACUACCGUAUUUACUCUAUUAG